AUGAAUACCAGGAGACGAUCCCGUUUUUCUCCACAAUAUAGUGGUGAUUCCAAGUGUACAGAAUUGGAGCAAAGUCAUUCAAACAACAUAGAAUCUCUUUCUCCUGCUCAUAUCAUAUAUUCACCUGGAAUAGACAAUGAACCUCUUCGGCGAAGUCAGGAUAAUGUAAAUACCCUAACUAAUUUAAGUCCUACUGGAUAUACUGGUGUUUGUCAAAGUUCUGGACAGAGAACUCGCAGACAAAGAACUGCUUCAGGAACGCUUUCUGAAUCAUCUCAUGGAGCUGAAGCCAAAUUAUCAUCUGUUCCUGGUAAAUCUCGGGGACUUUUAAACAGAAGGCUACGGAGGCCAUCCAAAGUAAUUCCAAUAUGUGGUUUAUGUUUGGGUACGUCGGAAUUGAACAAUAAGACUAACACUGCAGAAGAAAUGAUUGCCUGUUGGGAAUGUGGACAGUCGGGUCAUCCAACUUGUCUUAAAAUGCCACCUGAUCUAGUCAAACGUAUUACAUCCAUUCGCUGGCUAUGUGUUGACUGUAAAAGAUGUUGUUUGUGUCAGUCGAAUUCAGAAGAUCAAAAUCCUCCCUUAUCUGAUAAAGAGGAUCCUCAAUCGGAUUUAUUAUUGUGUGAUGUUUGUGAUCGAGGAUUUCAUCUUAAAUGUGUUGAACCGAAUAUGCUGGAACCACCGGAAGGUAUGUGGACUUGUCCUAUUUGUUCACAAUCCAGUACAGAAUGCUUGGACAUAGAUCCAAGAUUACGAUCCAUUCAAGUGUGUGAUCAGUUAACUCAACAUGAAAUAGAUUGGAUGAAAAAAGCCGCCAAUGUCAGUGGUGCUUAUUUAACAGCUCCAUUAUCAUUUUCUUUUCAACAAUCACCAACAGAAUCUGUAAAAGAACACAAUGACAUCCUUCAACCGUCUAGAUCGAGUUUUUCAAUUAUGUCAAAAUCUGAAACCAAACAAUCUAUUCCCUUUAAUGAAGACAGUCGAAUUGAUGAUAGUGUUGCAACAACUGUAUGCAAAUCGUCAAAACGUUUAAUUCAAAAAUCACUAACCGAUUGGACUUGUAAAUCAAAUAGAAAAUCAACCAGUUCUAUAUCAGUUCAUCUUCAAUCAGAAAAUAAUACUAUGAGUCAAAUGUCUACUGAAAAUGAAACAAACGUUGAAAGUCCUCGUAAAAGAACUUCACGUCUACGACGUUCAUCUCUAUGUGCAAGUUUAGCUUGGCAAGGUCUACUACGUUCAUGUGAUCGAUCAAAACUGCCAAUGCAAGAUAGAUCUUUUGAAUCAUUAAAUAGAAAAUCUAUGCAUGAUAAUGAUGAUACAGAUAUUUUAUGUGAUGAAAGCACUACUUCAUCAUGUAUAACAUCGAACAAAUUGCUUACAAAUGAAACAAAAAUUAGAAAAUACUUUAAGCGUACUUUAUCAUGUCAAAACACUGUGACUAUUGAUCAUGAUAAUAAUGUUAAACAAAAUAAGACUAGCUCACCUGGUGAAUUAAUAAAAUCAAUUCAUUCUACUAGAAGUGGAACUUCUACUGGUUUAUUCAAUCGUCAAGAUGUUCGUGUCACCUCAGGAAAAUUAAAUCGGGAUCAAGUUAAACGUCGUCAUAAAUCUAAUCAAUCAUGUCACUUGUCGAAUUCACGCAAACUGAACUCUUCUACUUGUAAACCACCAGCACGGAAUUCACUAAAACAUCGUCUAUCCAAAUUGAAUAAUCACAAUGAUAAAUGGUUCAAAUUGAAUCAUUCCAACAACAAUAAUCAUAACUUACCUCAAUUAAAUCAUCAAUUACGACGACAACAACAACAACAAACAUUACCAAUUUCAAUGAAUAAUAAUAAUAAAUUUGGUGUAAAUCAUCGAAUCAGUAGUGGUGUUAGGCAAAGACGUCAUUUAAAUAAAUAUAAAAAAUCUUAUUAUUAUCGAAAUAAACGUAAAUCAUUUAAACGUCAAAUUAUUUCAGAUGAUGAAGAAGAAAGUACUGACGAUAAUGUGUAUGAAGCAGACGCUGAUGAUGAUGAUGAUGACGGAGAGGACAAUGAUGAUGAUGAUGACGACGACAAUUCAACUAGUACUGUUGUAGUCAAUAAAAGAAGACUACGUGAAUCGUCGACUGGAAAAAAGCCUACUUCAAAAAUACCGCCAAAUUUAUCUGGUGAUGAUGAUCACAGUGAUGCUGUGUCUACCUCGAACAUCAACAACAACAACAAAGAUAACAAUGCUGCUACUUUGUUUGAUUCAGAGAAUGAUGAAGCACCAGAGAUGAGUAUAAUAUCAGAUGAGAAUCGUGCAUUAUUCCAAUCAAUUCAAUCUGAUGUACAAGCUUGUCUUCCUCAACCUCUUGAAUCCAGCCUAUCUCUUCCACCUGCUAAUAAUCCUAAAGUUUUAGCAGCUAUGGAUAAUUCCUCCUUGAAUGCAUCGUCAAUGAUGAUGACAAUGUCAAAUGAUUCAAAUGAGAAUAGUAAUCAACAUCAGUUGGAUAAUAAACCAGAAGAUACUCGUUAUCCGCCUCAAAUACAACUUGGUCGUUAUGUUAUUACAACAUGGUAUUCAGCUCCUUAUCCAUCGGAAUAUGCUAGACUUACCUUAUUGUAUAUAUGUGAAUUUUGUUUGAAAUAUAUCAAAACACGUAAUGUCUACUUACGACAUAUUGAAAAAUGUCCAUAUAGUUUUCCACCUGGUAAUGAAAUUUAUCGUUGUAAAAAUAUAUCUGUAUUUGAAGUAGAUGGUUAUACUUCACGUUUAUAUUGUCAACAAUUAUGUUUAUUGGCUAAAUUAUUUUUAGAUCAUAAAACAUUGUAUUAUGAUGUGGAACCAUUUUUAUUCUAUGUUGUUACAAUACAUAAUAAUAACAAUUAUGAUAAUAAUAAUUAUACUAAUACUCCAAUGAAUGAACAAAAACAAUCAAACAAUGAAAAAAUUAUUAAUAAUAAUAAUAAUAAUCAUAAUAACACAACAACUGAUCAUGAUAACAAUGAACGAUGCUUUCAUUUAGUUGGUUAUUUUUCUAAAGAAAAACGUUCUGUACAAAAGUACAAUUUAAGUUGUAUUCUAGUAUUACCACCUUAUCAAAAACAAGCAUAUGGAAGAUUUUUAAUUGAUUUCAGUUUCCUGUUAUCUCGUAUUGAAGGCCAACCAGGUUCACCUGAGAAACCAUUAUCUCAACUUGGCAAUCUUUCAUAUCAAUCCUAUUGGCGAUCGAAAAUUCUACCAUUCCUCUUAUGCUCUAUGAAAGAUUGUAAAUUACCGAAUUCAACUAUGCCUAAUUGUGAAUUAGACUCGGAUUGUUUGACAAAUUCAGUUGGAUCGAUUGGAUUUCGUGAUUUUGUGAUUACUAUACAUGAAAUUAGUUCUACCACUGGUAUUGAUCCACAUGAUGUAGCUAGUACAAUUCAACAAUUAGCUACCACGAUUACACUAAGUUCAGACGGAAGACCUGUGAUCUGUUUCGAUUUGAAAUAUUUACUACAAUUACAACAGAAAUAUGAAGAACGAUCAAUUAAUUGGAUUGAAAUUGAUGAAGAAUGUCUUCGUUGGUCACCAUUAAUUCAUCCUCAAGAAUUGGACAUUUCAGCCGAAAGUUCUGGCGGUGGUGGUGGUGGUUGUGGUGGUGAUCAUGCUAAUAAUUCACAAACAAUUAUUCAUCAGAACUCUUCAUUGAUUAUUCCAUCUGAAAAUAAUAAGACUUCUUCAACUAUACCGAAAAUGAAUAAAUUCUCUUCUUCUUCUUCUGCUUCUGCUUCUCAAAAACGUCGUAGUCAUUCACAAUCUGAUGAAUUUUCAACGAAUCCAAGCACUAAUUUCAUCAAAUCACAGGCGGCGGCGGCAGCAGCAGCAGCAGCUUCUCACAGACGUAAUUUACGAAGUAUCAGUAACACAGAUGGCAUUCAUUCAAAUAGUUCAAGUGUGAACACUACUCAUAAUAAUAAUAAUAAUAAUAAUUCUUGUAACCAAUCAUUAUCAAACACUAUUGUAGAUAAUGAAACGAAUAUACAUUUUAGACGACGUCUUCGUUCUCCUCCGCUCAGCUCAACUAAUUCACUUGAUAAACACACUGAAUCAAUAUCUCCUCCUCCUCCUUCAUCAGAAUCUAUUUUCAAUGCUCAAUUGUCAAAUAAACACCAACAAGAAGACAACACUUUAAAAAUUACUACAACACGACAUAGUUCCACAAAUGUUAAAUCAAAUAAUUGUAAUCAUACUACUGUUAAUCAUCAUCAUCAUCAUCCGCAUAAUAAUGAUAAACGUAAAAAACUUUCUAAAACUAAACCAUAUCCUUCACCUUGUCGUAAACGAAGUUUUUGUUCAGAUGGUCCACGUCCACCAGAUCCACCGUCUUCUCCACCUGGUGGUGGUGGCGGCGGCGGCGCUGGAUUUACAUCAACCAAUACAUGUUCCAUUCAAACUAGAACUCGUCGUCUAUCAGCGUAUAAUGCACCUCAAAAAUCAUCAUCAGCAUCAUCGUCAUCCACAAAAAAUUGUAAUCACAUAAAUCAUGCGAAAGAAACCAAUUUAUUUUCAACUAUAAUGAAUUGUUUCAAAUUUUCAUAUGAUAAUGAUAUGCCUACUACUACUACUAAUAAUAAUAAUAAUAGUAGUAGUAGCAAUGCAGUGUUUACUACUUAUAAAACUACUACUACUAGUAGUAGUAGUAGUAGCAGUAGCAGUACUAGUAGUAGUAGUAGUAGUAGUAGUCAUAGUAAUAGUACUUUGACAACUUUUAAUCAUAGUAAUCAUGAUACGAAAAUGAAGAUGAAUAAUUGUUGUUCAUUGUAUAACUUAAUUGGAUCAAGCAAAACAACUAUCAUUGAUCCGCAUUGUCGACCAUCAUCCUCAUCAUCAUCACUGGAUUAUUUGGAAAUUUCACCAAUACGUCCAUCAUUUUCUAGUUCACCAACAAUUGUAUUCAUUGAAAAUGAUCAUGAUCUUGUGGAGAAUAUUGAUUGUGCUAGUGAACAAUUGUGUCGAUUGGAUGGAAAUCAUCAGAAAGAACAAUCAACUAUUGAUUGUGCUACUGUAGAUCGGUUAUCCACAAUUAGUCCUACAUCAAUUCAUACACCAUCUCCACCAAUGUUGUCACUUGCUGACGGUCUCUCCACUAUUGAUAUUGAUUUGCCAACAUCAUUGAAUAAUGAUGUUAUCCAUUCUGAGAGUAAUAGUAUUAAUAAUAAUCAUAAUAAUCAUGAUACUAGUUCAUUCAUGUCAAAAUCACAAAAUUCCUUUGGUACUACUAAUGAAAUCAAUAAUCGACCACCACCGUGUUUAUCGCUUUAUGAUAGUGAACUACUUGUUGUCCAAUCGAAAUCAAAUGGCUCUCUUUUGUCCUCAUCGUCGACGUCAUCGUCGUCGUCCUCCUCCUCUUCUUCUUCUUCUUCGGAUUCAACAACGAAAGCUAUAGAUUAUUCUUUGAUGAAUAGUGCUCAUUGUGUUCGUCCUCCUCCUCCUCCUUCGCAUCAUCAUGAUCAUUAUCAUUCAAUAGAUCCUUUAGGGAUUUCACAUAAAUUCAAGUCUAGUCUCAGUGUUCCGUUGUAUGUUGAAACUAAUCUGGAUGACGAUGAUGACGGUGAGGAGGAGGAGGAUAUUCUCAAUACUGAUUGCACUGCUACUACUACUACGAAUAUUACUACUUCUACUACUACCUCUACCACUGUUAAUCAUCAUCAUCAUCAUCGGCAGCCUAUACUGUCAUCGUUGUCGAAAACAAAAUUCCUUCAACAGCAACAAAAACACCAUGACCGUAAUUACUGUCAAAAGAUACAACAGAAUGAUAGUCUUAUAACGACAACAACUUCAACAACAACACCUUUAUGCUCUGAAAUCUCCAUUCAUUCAUUAUCUGAUAACACGGUGGCUGUGAAUCAUAUAAAUCGAUCGCAUUCAUUACAACAUUUGUUACUACAUCAAAAACAUCAUCGUUCUUGGCCUUCAUCGCCUAGACAUUCAACAUCAUCAUCAUCGUCAUCGUGUACAUCGAUCCCAUUAAAUUAUAAAUUUCCAAUUCACCAGUAUACAAUGAAAGAUAAUUCAAUCGACAGUUCAUCAUCAUCAUCGUCCUCCUCCUCCUCGUCGUCGUCUUCUUCAUCUUCACCUCCAAUACUUUGUCGUGCUGUCAAUAAUAAUUGUACACCAUUAACAGUGCCUUCAUUCAAUAAAAUGGAUCAUCGGCAUAAAUCCCCAUCGAUAAGCGAUCAAACUAAUCGUCGUCACCACCGCCGCUAUCGUCAUCGCCGCCCUCAUCAUUCACCUUUACCACCGGUAUUAAUAACGAAUGAAAUGAAAUCGGAAACAUUCGUAUCACCUAUUUUCAGUACUAGUACUACGGCUACUACUACUGCUACUGCUACUACUACUAAGUUACCUUUAUCAUCAUCAUCGUCUUUGUCAACUCAUUGGAUGGAUAUUCAACCGCCAAUUUUAUUACCAUCCAAUUGUUGCAGUGAAACAAAAUAUUUACUCAACCCCACUGACCACAACUUAAUGACAACAACAACAACAACGCAUCCUCCUGUAUCACCGUAUUCCUCUUCAACAGUUUCCUCAAUUCAUAUUGAUUUAUCCGAUAAUUACGCAAGUGAUCAUUCAACUGUGUUAACUCUACCCAUGACUGGUGAAGAACACUUUCACAAUAUUAAUAAUAAUAAUAAUAAUCAUAUUGAUGUCAAUAUGAAAAGUAUCAGUUAUAUAGAAGAUAGUAGUAGUUAUGUAAAUAAUAGUCAAUUCAUGAAUAAUACUAUUAAUAAUACUAUUAAUCAUACAACCGAUACAGAUGAACUGACAUUGAUUGAAUCCUGUCAUGAUAAUAACAAUAAUAAUCCAUUGAAAUCCUCAUCAAUUUAUCAUGCUGAUGAUGAUGACGACAAUAACGAUCAGGAUUCAUUCUUUUCAAUGAUUUCACAAGCGCACAAUGAUGGCGAUAACGAUGAUGAUAAGAGUGAACAAACAAUCGCCAUGUGUUUAUCGGAUAGUUUAAGUCCACCAUUCUUAGAAGAAGGUGCGCAUGAAUUUCUCAACGAUGUAAAUAUUUCACAGAAAGCAACAAAACGCAAUCUAUUCCAUUUGAAUAAUUAUACUAAUCAAACUGAUCAACGUAGUCGUCAUUCAUCGGAACCAUCCAAAUUAAUCAUGAUGAUGGACGAGGAUAUGACAAUGAUGAUGUGCGAUUGUAAUUCUUCUUAUUCUUCUUAUUAUUAUUAUCCUGUGGAAAAUUCACGUCGUUGUCAUAGUCAUCCAAAUUUGAAAUUUGCCUCUACUUAUUCAACAUUGUCUGAUAAAGUCAAUAUGAUACUUGAUAAUGUUGCUACUGCUACUGCUACUACUAGUAAUAGUACUACUCAGCCAGCGUUAUCUUCACCGAUCAAUAGUCAUCAGUCAUCACUACUAUUUGAAGAAGACGAACACCAACAGCAACAAUCUGAUAAUGUCGAUGAUGAUGAUGAGUAUUUAGUCAAAGUAUCCACAGAUUUAUUGAAUACACCAUUGUUAUUUCCUGAAAAUCAAUCAAUCUCCACAACACUGCCUUCAAGUGUUGUUACUGCUUCUGCUGCUGCUGGUACACAGUCGCCUACAUCAUUCUCCAUGUGUAGUUGUCGGCAUUCACCGAUCCUGAUAGAUGUUGAUAAACAAACUACCUCUGAUGAACGUAUAGAUUUAAAUUCAUCAACAUUGUUUUCUCCUGCUGGCGCUUCUCUCUCUCCAUCCUCUUGUAAUAAUAGUCCAACUAGGGAUAGUAGUGUCAUUGUUGCCUCAUCAAACAAUACUGUCAAUUAUUUGUAUCAUUCUGCAUUGAAUCAUGGUGUAGAGAUUUGUAGUAACAGUAGUGGUAGUACAACGUUGUCGUCAACAAUAACUACCACUACCACUGCUACUACUACUACUUCAUGUACUACCACUGAUAUUGAUACAUUGCUCUACUUACAUUCAACUCAUACAUCAUCAUUGAAACCAUUAGAUGGUAAUGCUGAUGUACAAAAUAUAUCAUUCCCUGAACAAGAAGAGGAAGAAGUAGAAGAAGAAGAAAAUAUUAAUUAUGUGACCGAUUCAAAUGUAACUUAUUCAUCAAAUCAUGUCAAUUCUUUGUCAUACACAUCAACAAUUCCAUUGUCUACAGAGAAUUUAUUAUUAACAUCAUCUAGUGGUGAUGAUAUUGGUUGUUCAAUUAGUCCAAAUAAUUUCAAUUCUCUUACACAUACUACUAUUACUACUACUACUGCGACUACUACUACUACUACUACUACUACUACUGUCGAUGUACACAGCAUUCAACAUAAUCAUCCUAUCAUCAUUAAUCAACAAUUGUCUCCUAUAAAAAAUCUCUAUUUACCAGAAUAUAUCAAUUCGAAAAUAGAAAAUAUUCUUCCUUCAUCAACAGGGCAAAUUGAUUUCAAUUCAACUACUGAAUUCACAUUGAUUAAUGAUAAUAGUUGUCAUCAAAUAUCAUUUGACAAUCAAUAUGAUUUUUAUACAGAGAAUAAGAAAAAUGCCAUGAUUACUAAAGAAUUCUUGCCAACAACAACAUCGUCGUCGUUGUUAUUCAAUCAUGAUGAUAAAACAUUGCUGUUAUGUGAUACUGAGGAUAUUCUGUCGGAAUCAUCGAAUUUUGUAUCACCUGAUACAGAUCAAUUGAUUUGUGGUUCAACACAUUCUUAUUCUAGUUCAGUUCUAUCGAAUAUUUUAGAUCAAUCGGAUAAUAUUACUGCUACCACUACUACUACUACUACUACUAUUAAUACGACAACUACUACUACUACUAUGAGUGAUCAUAUGUUGUUUACUAAUAAUCUACAAAAUUCAUGUGAUAUGAAUUUAUUAAACGCUAAUUACUCUGAACAAAUAUCAUCGAAUUUACCAUUAAUAAUUAGUAUGGAUCAGCAGUUGCCAUUGACAACAACAACAACUUGUAAUCCAAUAGUGGUUGGUGUACCAUCCCAAUCAAUGAACUAUUGUCUUAGUGGUGUUGGUAGUGGUGAACUGAGUGAUGAUACAGGUAGUAGCGUCGUUCUGUCACAAUCAUCUCAAUUUCCUGUUAUUAUACAUCAAUCAACAAAUGGUUUACAGAGCUUCGCUUAUGAUACUACUGAUUACUUUCAUCAACAACAAUCAACAACUAUUCAUGAUUACAAAUUCAUGAACAACAUAUGCUCACCACAAUUGAAUAGUAGUCAUAGUGGUGGUAUUGCGGCGCCGACAUCGACAACCGCAACCACAACAACAACCGCAAUAACAAAAACAACUCGUUCUAAAACAAAACGUGGUGGUACUACCAAAAAGAAUUCAAAAACUGUAUGUAAACAGUCAAGAACUUGUACUGAAGUCCUUCCAAUGUCUUCAUUAUCUUCUGUUCCAUGGUCAGAGGGUAAUGGUAAUCCACUGAAAUCAACCUAUACGCGACAUUUAUCAUAUGAAGUUGUACCAAUGAAUGAAUCUAUUUAUAAUGCUCCUUACAAUCAAUAUGACGACUCAUUGAAUGUGUGCGGUAGCACAACAGGAUUCCCAUCUACAGGAUGUCGUCCUUUAACUCCUGCACAAAUUGUGCAUACAUCACAAGAGAAAAAUUUAUCCAAUUCUUAUUUGUGUAGAGCAGCAUCUAAUGUAAUGGGAACUUGUGAGUCAUCGUUACAUCUUCCAACAACUUCAUACUGUUAUUUGGCACCUAUGGCUUCGUAUGGUGUCAGUGUUAGUGCACAGCAAUGUUUAAAUACUUGUUCCAGUUUUCCAAAUCCUAAUCAAUUAUGUGGCAUGGAUCAUUUACCAUGUUCAUUGUCUAACAUUCCAAAUUCAUGCAAUUUAGAGCCUUCUCAUCUUUCCAGCUUACCAAUUGCUCAACAGUAUCAAUCUAAUCCGUCUGUAUUUCCCUUUGUAAAUCCUUCAAAUGCUCCUCCACCACAACCACCACCAUUUAUACCUUCUGAAAUGAAUAAUCAUUUCAUAUCGGAUAUGAUGAAUGACAGUAGUUCUUGUCAAUCAUCAUCUUUAUUAUCAACUACAAUCAUGAAACAGGAUAGAAUGAUUCAUAUGAAUCAAUCAUCAUCCACUCCAGUUUAUCCUGUCUAUUCAGGGAAUUUUACAUUUCCACUUGUUGUCACUACUACUACUGCUAUUACUACUACUACUACUAAUAGUAGUAUAAGUAGUAUAAGUAGUAGUACAAGAGAUAUUCUUUCAGAAAAUUUUCAUUUAUCUACACCAACCGAUUGUACAGUUUCACCAAUUCUUAUAAAAUCCGAUUAUUUUAAUUACUCAGGUAAUUGUAAUAAUUCAAUAAUAACUCAAUCACCAAUUCUUCCAUUUCCUCCGGAAAGAAAUGUACAGUCAUGUCAUAAUCAUAUUAUUGACAAUGCUAACUCGACAUCUUUAACACAGCUAUCAAGUACUUAUUGUCCUGUAAUUCAACAACAACCAUCUUUUCAAAGUACUCCGUCUGAUUUUCUAUUGAAUAAUAUGGGCUCGAAUCAAUUUAUUCAAGCUGCUAGUACUACUACUACAACAGUUAUUGGUUCUAUCACUACUACUACUACUGUUACUACUACCUCGACUCAUAUUCCUUAUCCUGGUCUAAUUCAUAAUACUUGUAGAAAUAAUAACAAUAAUAAUAGUAUGGGCAGACUACAACAACAUAACCAGCUGUUGUUAGAUACAACAACAACAGCCGCUUCACCUUUUUCAACAUUAAUCAAUGCAUAUCAUUCGAAAGAUGGGUUAUAUCAUCCUAACAGUAGUAGUAAUAGUAAUAGUAGUAGUAACAAUAAUUACUACUGUUAUUACUAUUGUUCUGAUAAUCAAACUAAUUUAUCUUUACUCGAUUCACCGGUUGUUGCUAUGCCGCCAUCUUCACCAUCAUUAAUAGUUGGUGGUGGUGGUGGUAGUGUAGGCGGAGGUUGGACACCGACUGAUUUGGUGAAUAGAAGACCACCGGGACAUUUUACACAAAUUCCUUAUCAUCCAAUGCCUACUUAAAAAAAAUGAUUGACAGAUACAAAUGGAGGAUAGUGGUUAAUUCCUUUCAUCUCUCUGUCUCUCUCUCCUCUUUGAGAUUUCAUCAAAAACAUGUUGCUUAUUAGUCAAAUUUCUCCGUUUUUUAUUGUCUGCAUUUUCUCCACCCCCCUUCCACUUGUCCACACUGUAUGUAUGUGGUGUUCCGAUUAUCUUCAAUAUUGCAUACACACACACACACACUGAGUAUGAUCGUUUAUUUUUUUUUGGUUCGGUUUAGUUUCGGUUUCUUCAACAAACUGGAGAACACAGAAUCCUUACUAAAUUGCUCACUCUAUUAUUGCCUUCAAAGUGAACAACUACAUUCUUCUAUGCGUGUGUGCGCUUGUGUAUAAUAAAGGCUAUUUUGUCUUCAAAUCAAAUAUAUAUACAGUACCUUCGACAACAUUGAUCCAAGAUUAUAUCCUAAAAUGUGCUUGUGUGUGUGUGUCUAUGAUUACUAUUUUUUUGUUCGUCAAUGAGAAAAAAGAGCAUUUUUAUUUCUGCGUGCGUGUGUGCGCUUUUUUCUCUCGAUUUGUAUAUGUUGAUGCUGAUACUACUGAUUGACACUGACCAUUGUUGAUAAUGUUGACGAAAUAUAUAAAUAUCUAUUUAUCUAUCUAUC